UUACUCAUCGCGGGGCUUAUUGUGAUAUUAUUCCGUAAUAGCCCUGCGGUCACACUAAUUUCCAGAGCAAUCCAAAAAAAAGGAAGCAGCGGAAAACGAACAAAAACCUGCAGCAUUUAAAUUUAAAGGAAGCCCGCAGCAAAGAAACAGCAAAAUGGUGGACUACAGCAAGUGGAAGAACAUCGAGAUUUCGGACGACGAGGACGACACUCACCCGAACAUAGACACGCCUUCCCUGUUCCGCUGGCGACACCAGGCACGCGUGGAGCGCAUGGCGGAGAUGGACCAUGAGAAGGACGAGUUUAAGAAGAAGCGCCAGAGCUACCAGGCGCGUCUCAUGGACGUCAAGGAGCGGAUCUCAAAGAAGGACGGCGACGAGGAGGCUCUGAAGAAAGAGCUGGAAAAGAUCGAGGCCGAGGGCAAAGAGCUUGAUCGCAUCGAGAACGAUAUGAUUAAGAAGGAAAAGAAAACACCCUGGAACGUGGACACCAUCAGCAAACCCGGUUUUGAGAAGACCGUGAUCAACAAGAAGGCAGGUCGCAAGCCGGACGAGAAUCUGUCCGAGGAGGAACGAGAGCAGCGCAUGAAGCAGUUUGUCAAGGAGAACGAAAAGCUUUGCAAGCAGUAUGGCAUGCUGCGCAAGUACGAUGAUUCGAAACGGUUUCUGCAGGACCAUCUUCACCUGGUGGGCGAGGAAACGGCAAACUACCUGGUUAUCUGGUCCAUCAACCUGGAAAUGGAGGAGAAGCACGAACUGAUGGCCCACGUGGCGCAUCAGUGCAUUUGCAUGCAGUACAUUCUGGAGCUGGCCAAACAGUUGGACGUGGAUCCUCGCGCCUGUGUAGGCUCCUUCUUCUCGAAGAUCCAGCACUGUCAGCCCGAGUACCGCGCGCAGUUCGAAAGCGAAAUCGAAGGUUUCAAGGGACGCAUUCAGAAACGUGCUCAGGAGAAGAUUCAGGAGGCGAUAGCCCAGGCCGAAGAGGAGGAGCGCAAGGAGCGCCUCGGACCUGGUGGUCUGGACCCAGCCGAUGUCUUUGAAUCCCUGCCCGAUGAACUAAAGGCCUGUUUCGAGUCCCGCGAUGUAGAGCUGCUGCAGAAGACCAUUGCCGCCAUGCCCGUGGACGUGGCCAAGCUGCACAUGAAGCGUUGUGUUGACUCUGGCCUUUGGGUGCCCAAUGCCGCUGAUUUGGAGGGCGACAAGAAGGAGGACGAUGACUCAGAUGGCGUCGCCAGUGGCGAGGAGAAAACCGAUGAUGCCAAGUCGGAGAGCGCGGCCAAGGAGGAGCCCAUCUACACUGGCGUCAGCACUGAGGACGUUGACUGAUCGCCGACACGUUUCCAUCUACACCAUAGCUCUAAUCUUAAUGUAUUGUCCACAAGCAUAUUUCAUUCUUAACCAAAUCCUGCGUCAGUUGAGUUGUUGUAUAUAAUUUGAAUAAAGUCACCUAAAUUCUCAGUAA